UAAAAUGGAUUAAUUUACAAUUCUUGGACAAGGUGCACAACAUAUAGUUUAUUAAUAUAUUGGCAAUGAUUCCAAUCUUAAAGACAAAGUAAUUAGAAUUAGAAAACCAAAAGACAUCUGUGAAAUCUCUAAUAAUCUAAUCAUCCCUUUCAAUGAUACUGAUUGGACUCCUCUUAAAAAGUAUUUUGCAAAAAAACAACCCUAUAUGGUUGGAGAUCAAUAAUGUUAAAUUAUGGAUAAUCUAUUUUAUAAUGUAGUUUUUGCGGUGGAAAUCAAACCAAAAACAUUUUUACCUAUUUUGUCUAACAAAUAAGAAAAUAAAGACUUAUGUGAUCCCAAAAAUCAAAGAUUUUUCAUGAUGUAACUUUUAAAGGCUUCCAAAAAAUUACAGCAAUCUGGUAAAAAUAUUUAUCAAUCUUCAAAAAAUGAAAUCGACUCAUUGAUCUCAAAAUAUGAUCCUAGGAAAUUUUAUAAUGGUAAAGUUGAAAAUCUUUUUGAUGCCAUCAUUGAUUUAUCUGAUAUUCCUGAAAACAAUUUUAGACUUUUCAAUUAACAAUAAAAACAAGUCCCAAGUAUUGAACAAUUUAAUAUUGAAGAAGUAAUCAUUUAUAUAAAUAUAUAUUAGAUUGCUUCAAUUAUUAGCGAAACUUUGUUGCUUGAAGAUCUUAUUCAAUAACUUAAAGGAUUUUUUCAUAUGCUUCAAUAAAUGAAUCUUACAGUUGAAGAAACAUUUGAAGCUUAUUAAUAACUUAAAUCAAAAAAUCUAACUACUUAAUAAUAUAAAGAUAUUGUUAAUGGAAAAUGUUAAGAUUCUGAAGUACAAAAAUUAGUUUUUAAAUUAUUAACAUUUUCCUCUUUUCAAGCCUUGAGUGAUUUAUCAAUUAUAGGAACUUUUAGAAGGGAAGGAUCAGGAAAGUUUGUUGAAGUAGCUAAUCAAAAAUUAUUUUAUCAAUAUUCAAUAGUUGAUUGUGAUUUGAAGCCUCUAAAUAAAAUUGAAGAUUACAUGUAAACAAUAGAUGAAUUAAUUAAAUUGAGAAAUUAUUAUGAUUCUCUCAAAUGA